ACUAACAUCGAUUUCCGAUGAAUAUGUACGUCAUUUGUACUCGCCUUCUCUUUUAAUUGUUCUUAUCCGACAAAAUAUCAAGCCGGCUUAAACAAUACAACCAAAAUCCACCGAUUCAACAUUCAAUCUUUUCGUGAAAAAUGUGAACUUUGAUUCUUUCUCCCAUUUACUUCCUUAACUUCUUGCUUAUACUUCCAUCUUUGCUUCGAUUCUAAUUCACCCCUUCAACUUUCUACCAGUUUCUAUUACAAAUUUUUACUCAUCGAAUAAAUUCUUCAUAAUUCCUGCUGUAUUUCAUAGGUUCGAAGGAAAUUUUUAACUUGAGAUCAUUUAAUGGGUGUUCUUGAAACUUUCUACUGAUUUUCUGGGUAUUGGUGUUUAUAAGUAAUUGGGUUUUGUUUUUUGGUAUGGUAUUGAAUACUGAUGAAGUGAUAAUCAGUGGCGGAUCUAGGAUUUUAAUCGGCCGCAUUGUUGGGCUCGUUGGGGACAUUUAUUGACUUAAAAUCGACUCGAAAACACCAAUAACUUUUGGUGGGUUGGUUGAAGUUCUUGUAAAUUUUGUUGGGUAAUUGCUGAAUUUGUGAUUAGAUGACAAUGGUGAACAAAACGAGGAAUAUGUUGGAGGAUUUCAUGAGAGAAGGGUCAUUCAAAUGGUUGGUUGGUAGUCGGGAUUCAUUUAAAGAGGAAAUGGAGGAAUUAGGCAAAUCAUCUUCUGGAGAUAGUAAUUGGAUACCUCAGCUUUCUUCUGUUGCUAAUGUUGUGGCUAGGAGAUGCUCAAGAAUACUGGGGAUUUCAACAAGUGAUCUUAAAGAUGAUUUUGAUUCAGUUGCUUCGGAAUCUCUUAGAGGCCCUUCUCAUUAUGCUAGAAACUUACUGGAGUACUGUUGUUUUAGAGCACUUGCCCUGUCUAUGCAAGUGACUGGUUAUUUGGCUGAUAAAAAAUUCCGUCGUUUAACAUAUGAUAUGAUGCUUGCGUGGGAGUUUCCUGCUUCUUCCAGCCAACCUUUACUUACUGUGGAUGAAGAUGCUACUGUUGGACUGGAAGCCUUUUCUAGGAUAGCACCUGCUGUGCCUGUAAUUGCGAAUGUAGUCAUCAGUAACAAUUUAUUUCAGGUGCUUACUGCUUCAACUGGUGGUCGCCUUCAGUACUCUGUCUAUGACAAGUACCUUAUUGGCUUAGAAAGAGCUGUAAAGAAAUUGAAGAAUCAAUCUGAUUCAUCAUUGCUGUCUGAACUGCGGUCAGGUAGGAGGGAGAAGAUAGUGGAAGUGGAUGGCACAGUGACAACCCAACCAGUUCUCCAGCAUUUAGGAAUUUCUACAUGGCCUGGGAGACUAAUCCUUACUGAUCAUGCUCUAUAUUUUGAACCUCUUAAAGUUGUAUCAUACGAUAAAGCGACACGCUAUGACCUAGCAGAUGAUUUGAAGCAGAGUGUCAAACCUGAAUUGACUGGUCCAUGGGGUACAAGACUUUUUGAUAAGGCUGUUGCUUACAAAUCUGUUUCCCUAUCAGAACCGGUAAUAAUGGAAUUUCCUGAGCUCAAAGGGCAUAGUCGACGUGACUAUUGGUUGGCAAUUAUACAGGAGAUUUUAUUUGCUCAUAAAUUCAUCCGCAAGUACAAGAUAUCUGGCGUUGGACGGGAAGAAGCACUUCUAAAAGCUGUACUUGGGAUUCUUCGGUUACAGGCCAUUCAAGAUAUGAACUUAAUAGGUCCUGUUCGUGUGGAAGCUAUUCUUCUUUUUAAUCUUUGUGAUCAUCUCCCCGGGGGAGAUAUGAUUCUAGAAACUCUAGCCAGUAUGUCCACCUCAAGGGAGUUAGAAAGGACCAAUAGUCCUCGACGAGGUGGCUUACACUCUAGUUCAGCUUUAGCGGUUGCCACUACUUUAGGCUUUGGAUUUGGUUCCAAUGACCAUAACAAUCAUGUACUCCUUGUGGGUGAGAUAGCAGUUGGGGAUACAACUCCCCUGGAGAAGGUUGUUAAUGAAUCAAGAAGUAGCUAUGAGAAGGCGGUCCUAGCUCAGGAAACAGUGGAUGGUGUUAAAGUAGAUGGUAUUGAUACCAACUUGGCGGUAAUGAAGGAGCUACUAUUUCCAAUUUUAGAACUUGUCAACUGUAUCUUUUCUCUGGCUUAUUGGGAAGAGCCUUUGAAAUCUCUGGUAUUCUGCACAAUUGUUGCUUAUGCUGUCUUCAGGGGAUGGCUUGUGUAUGUUCUUGCUUCGCCUCUGAUCUGUAUUGCCUUCUUUAUGCUUCUGACACUAUGGUUUAGUCAAGGUCGACCUGUUUCAGAGGUGAAGGUUAUAGCUCCACCAGCAAAGAAUGCAAUGGAGCAGAUUUUGGCAGUCCAGAAUGCAGUUUCUCAAGCUGAAGAGUUCAUCCAAUUUGGAAAUAUUAUUCUUCUCAAACUACGUGCCUUGUUGUUAUCCAUUUCACCUCAGGCUACCAUGAAAUGUGCAAUAGUGCUUUCGGGCAUGGCUGUGUUUUUGGCAUUUGUCCCAAGUAAGUACAUUAUACUGUUGUGCUUUCUAGAGGCAUUCACAAGGUAUUCCCCUCCUAGGAGAGCAAACACAGAGAAAUGGGAGAGGCGUUUGAGGGAGUGGUGGUUUAGCAUACCUGCGGCACCAGUUGCUCUCGAGAGAGAAAAGGAAGAUAAGAAACGGAAAUAAUUUAACGUGUGCUUGAAGGUUGUAGAUUAGUAAUAAUAUCAUGUAUCAUUCUGCUGAUAGAAAAGCUGCUUGUUAAUAGAAUGACUGCUAAUAAAUUGCUUUUCUAGUAUACUAGAUAUAUCUAAUGAGAAGUGUAAAGUUGAACAUAAUCCUAUGUGCAUAUGGUUAGUGUUGUGCAUUUCCCACAGAGAUGCAAGUGAGGGCUACCUAUUCUUAAACAGUGAGAACAGCAAGCAUAUACAGCAACAGAAUGAAAGAUAAAUGCCAAGGCUUUUAAUAACCAAGCUUCAGCUGGUUGCUCAGGUCGACAGAAAGGAUAUUUUUCAAGGAAGGAGCUUCAUCAGCAAGAUUAAGACUCGCAAUGACAUGCAGAAGGGAGGCAACUAACUUGGAGUUCAUUCAGCCACAACUAUAUUGGGAGACUUCACUGGAUUCCUCGGCUAAUCCCUGAAUCCUGUGCAGACUGGUUUCUUAUGCUUGGCCAAAUGGAGAAACAAGGAGAGAGUAUUGGUGAUCAAAGGCAGCACAAUAUGCUAUUUAGUAAGGCUUGUAUGAUGAAUGAGACUUUCAAGGUUCCUGAAACUUUCAAAUUUCUGAAAGUUUCAGAAAGCAUGGAAAUAGAGACAAAAAGCCUCACCAAAUUCGUAAACAUCUAAACCAAUACAAUACAGUUCAGUUGUUCAAAACAUCCUGAUCGGCAACUGAAGCAACAAUUCAAAUCACACGACCCAUGAGUGGUAUUCAGGCAACAUUCAGCACAGGAACGCUCCAAAAAGAAAAGGUAAUAAAUAAUACCAAAGCACCUAGGCAAGGCUAACUUAUUAUGAUGAAUUGAGCCACCCUCUCGACCUCAAGACUUAUCCGUUCUCACUGUUCACCUCUCCCACUAUUAGCAGAAUCUCUUCAGUUCUCCGUAUUUUUUUGAACGACACACUUGUCUUAAACUAGUUCUACUCUAAUAUCACACCCUAAUAUUUAAAUCUGUAACAAAACGCUCUAUCUAUUAGGGAGUGUAACAUGAUCCCAAAUGAACUUUCAAGUGAACUCAAUAAUAUGUUCAAGCUCCGUUCAUUUA